UCUUGUUGUUGUUGCCAUACCUUAUAAGAUUAUAUACUGCGUAGUUCCUCGGUGGAGAGCGUCAACUCGAUCGGGACAAACGCGGUGGGGCGGAUCUCCCAAACUUUUCUCCAACUUUUCUUCCUCCGCCUCUCCAACUCGCGCUCUUCCAUUUUUCUUCUUUCCCUGUACAUGUUUCCUUUAGCUCCCAGUUCUAUUUAUUACUCGAUUUCAUCAUGUCCGGCACAGAGGACCCCCUCUUAUCCGACCUCUGCUCCAUCUGUCACAUUAACGCGCCCAGAUAUCGCUGCCCUCGAUGCUCAACCCGCACAUGCUCCCUGCCCUGUUCGCGCCGCCAUAAACUCUGGUCGCAAUGCUCCGGCGUCCGCGAUCCCGCUGCCUACCUCCGUCGCAACGAGCUAGCCACCGAGGCCGCCUUCGAUCGCGACUUCAACUUCAUCACGGGAAUCGAGCGACAGAUUGAGCGCGCCGAGCGCGAUGCCGAUAAUAGAGGCGUUCAGGUCGAUCCGCAGCGUCAUAGCUAUACGGAUGUUGCGGCCGUGGGGCUCGAGCAUGAAGUCGAGAGUGAGGGCGAUGGCGCGCGGAAGAGAAAGAGGCCGAAUAAUGAUGGUGGGAUGGUUAGGGGAGAGGCUGGGUUUAUGCGCGCCGCGGAGAAUGCGGGUGUGAAGGUCAUUCGUGCGCCGAAGGGGAUGACUCGGAGUAAGCAGAAUGGAUCGAGGUGGCAUCCUAAGGCGAAAAACCUGAAUUGGAUGGUCGAGUGGAUUAUGCCGGACGGGCAGAAGAGGAGCAGACAUUGUCUCGAGUCGAGUACCGUUGCGGAGGCGUUUGAUCGGGUUUAUCCUCUGCCGAAGCAGGAGAAGGAGCAGAAGAAAACGGAAGAGCAGCAGAAACAGUCUUUGGAAGAGGAUAAAGGCAAGGAUUCAGAGGCUGUGGUCGAACCGCUUGAAGGCACGGGACCGUCGGAAGAGACGCAAACACCGCACGACGCGACUACGCCGCCAGUCGAGAACGAGUCACAAUCAGCCGACGCUCCAAACCAACAAUCGUCUACAAAUCCUGCCGAUAUUACCUCGCACCGCAAUUCCUUCUUCUAUCUGCAUCGUCCGAGAACCGCCACGAAACAAAUUGUCUUGAUUCCGUUGUCCCCAAAGACGGAUCUCACCUCCGCCCUCCGAGGGCGUACGGUCUUGGAGUUUCCUACCAUUUAUGUGCUCCAUGAGUCUCCGGAGACAUUAAAUGCCGACAGCACGGAAUCUCGAUUCCUUCUGGAGGAAGAAUACACCCGAACACAUCCAGACCCGGAGCCUGAGAUUGGCGAAGUGACCGCCGAGGGUGACACACAGCCGUUGCCGGGGUCGAAGGAUCUUACGAACAUCGACGAGAAGAAAGUUCUGGAAGUGUUGAAACAAGAUCUCUUUGAGCCCGUUCCGGCAGGGGAAACUGAAUAAUCGGGGACUCUAUUCUCUUCGUGGCACAUCUUCCCGAGCUGGUCUCAGGGUUUCGUAUUACAUAUAGACUUCUCUUUGCAUGGUCAUCUUACCAAGUCUCAACUUAAGACCAUGAGCAAUUUUCGG